UUGGUCACAUGGCCAAAAAGUCAUUCUGAAAGUAUGCUGCCUGGGCAUUGCCCACAGAAAUAGAAAACCCUUUUGUAUGAUGAGCACUUGUGUCCAUGCGAACAGCAUCGUUUUCGGAGCUUUGACUCAGGCGGUAGCAGCGUCGGGCCGGUGGAUACAAAACAGACGUGCGGGUGACGGAAGCAAAAAUGUCUGAUUACAGCACAGGCUCGCCUACCACGCCGACGAGCCCCACAUCUCAAUUUUCCAUCUCUUCUGCCAUCACACAGAGCAGCGUCAACAUCACACAGAGCAGCGUCAACAUCACAGAGAGCAGCGUCAAGACCACGGACAACUCUGUUUUAGUCAAGAUUGCAGCCAAUGACUUAAUCAGCAAUGCAAACUACGUCUACAGUUUGCUUGCUACCUUCGGUCUCUUAGCAGGCUGCUUCCUGCUUUACAGUUUCAUUCAGACUUAUCGCGCCCACAAGAGGCUGGCUUGGCUCGGCUGCCUCCUCUGGGUGUUUUGUGGCUUCCAGCUGCUGCUCCUGCUCCUCUCUUUGCACAUGGUGGCCCACAGACCUGCCUACCUAAACACCACAGCUUUAGGCUGUGCCGCACUCUCCUUUACCAUCAACAUAGCCUCUCUGUGUGGCCUGCUGGUCUUAGUGCUCAUGGCAUCUGUCGUCACCUUUGAUCCUCCAUCCAAUCACCUGCUGAGAAAGUCUCGUGUCUGUGCGGCACUAGUGGGCAUCACUUCUGUACUCAUUUCUCUGGUGCUGGCUGGCAUUCGUGGACCCAGAGGAGAUUUGCAGAAAGAGGGCAACUGUUUGAUGGAUCCCACCACAGAUGGUGUUUCAUACGCAGUUGCUAGGCUGUGUUUGGUCUUCCUGAUUCCCUACAUCCUCCAACUGGGACUUCUGAUAGGUGGCUGUAUCCGCCAGAGGGAGUCGAAUGGACGUUUCCUCUCCGGCUCUGAGGAAGGCCCUGUGUUCCUGGCGGUCACCGGUUUUACGCUCAUCUGCCAGCUCUUCUACAGCGUGGCGCUGCUUAGAGGGGCUCUGAUUAAUAGUGAAAGACAGCUGACGUUCCACCAGCAAGCAUUUUUGAGUGUGUCUGAGUUUGUGCUGUUCUCAGGGAGCAGCGUGAGCCUGCUGCUCGUCCUGUUCAUGCACAGGCCGUGUCGGGAAAGCCUCUAUGGAGUGAUCAGGCGGCUGCGGGACUGCUGCCGACGUCCAGGGCCACAGCCCAACAGGAACAUCAUAGCUCCGCACAUUGAGAUCACAGACACUCUGGAGGACAUCGAGUCUUAAGAAAUGUGUCUGUUUGCUAGGACAGAGCUCUUCCCAUGCAUCAUAUUUAAUGUCUUACCUGUUAUGGACCACCUCACUAUCUAUCCAGUCACUGAAAGCUUGCAGAACUCUCAUCAAAUGUAUUUUUUUUAACAUUUCAUUUACAAAAUGUACAAAAAGAGGGAAAAAAAAUGCUUUAUAUCUUGUUACUGUGCAUCAUCUUGCCAUGUUAUGUCAAUUCAAAUGAUUUAUUUCUUUAAUCGGGGAAUUAAAAAGGAGCUAUUAUUACAUGAGAUUCUGUAUGAAUUUUUAACCUGUUGCCGGGAAAAUGUCUUUUCUUGGAAACUCUGUUUGCAUAAGCCUGAUUUACACAAAAGUCCAUUAAGACAAAUGCUUGGAAAAACCUCUGCAGCUCCCUGAAUGCCACAUAGGAAAAAUUAAGUCUAGGAAAACCAAAGUCAGAGUCUAUAUUUAUGCCAACAGUGUCAACGAGCCCUCAUGUAAUUAUGCUUGAAUAAAAAAUAAAAAAAUAAAAAGUUACUGAAUCAGAUGAACACUUUUCAAGAAAUUCAUGGGCACCAGUUCUAGGAAUAAGCGAUCUGCGUGGAUAACGUUUUGCAUCGGUGGCAACACGGGGCGACACAAACCCAGGAACCAGGAAAGUGAAUGCAGGAGCAGAGUUCAUUAAGAAGCUGGUCUUAACUUAACUGUCACAGUAGUGAUUGCUGAAAUCGGGCUCUUAUGAAUGCUACUUACAGUUUUAAAAUCAUCACAUAUAAAGUGAUAAAAGAUUCAGACACCACCCUACAAACCAGAACAAAGCGCACAGUUUGUGUUCCUGCACAAACCGUCUUUCUGGGGUUUUCAAGUAAUGUGAAACAAGGAGAGACUAAGUGAAAUUAUGCAUGUCUGCAUGUCCACCUUGUUUAGUGUAAAUGUGCUGUCCAGAGACAGAUCGACUCCCAUGUUUACAUAUUUUAACAUUACACAAUCAUGACCGUGUUUGCGUGCUUUCGUGCCAGUGUUGACAAGACGACCUCAUGUCUCAAAUUGAUAUAAUCAUAAGCAAUAAAAUGAUACCCACACACUGAUAAAAAUAGGGGAUGAUCAAACUGCCAAGUGACAGUACUGCCAAUAAAAAAUAGUAAAGGUUUAAUUUUAAAAACACUUUUACACAUUUGGCUCAAAAGCUGCGAUAUGAAGACGCGCCUGCAUUGUGUGUUUGUGUUUCUUGUUGCAAGUGGUGGGUGGCUGUAAACAUUUCUCCGCAUUCAUACUGAAACCACUUUUUACUGCCAGCGUUAACGGAGAGGGAGGACAAUACACGCAGACCGAGAAAUCACAGGGGAAACAGUGGCAUCAGCACCUCACUCUAUCCAAAAGCUACCGCUCACACAAAGAGGGAACUGAUGGUACCGCAGGCUCCUCAGCAACUACUUAGUCUUCAAAAAUCUAGGAACUAUGGCAACUUAGUGUUUGGAUGCUGCUAACAACAGCUAAAGACAAAAGGGGAACAUGAACAUGACCAUGAAUGUGGACUACAAAGUCAUUGCUGACAAUAACUUCAGUGCACAUCCAAAUGACACACAGGCAGUCGCCUCCGAUUGUCCGGAGGCAGCUUCGGAUAAUUAUUAUUUUAUCAGCCUGAUCCUUUCCAGCCUCUACACCAUAUUCCUGUUUCCUGUCGGUCUUGUUGGGAAUAUCCUUAUUAUAGUGGUAGACCUUAACCACAGGGGCCGCAUGACACCUCCAGAUCGCUACUUCGUGAAUUUGGCCAUGGCUGACCUCUUUCUGGUAGCUGACUCUCUGAUUGAGGUGUUCAAUCUUAAGAAGGGCUACUACGACAAGGCCGGCCUCUGCACUUUCAUGAACCUCUUCCAACAGGCCAACAUGUACAGCAGCGUCUUCUUUCUGACCUGGAUGAGCCUCGACCGCUUCGUCGCGCUGACCAACUCCAUGGGUCGCAGCAUACCACACGCAUGGCUCAGCUGCUGCCUCAUCUGGACGUCUUCAUCCCUGCUCACCUUGCUGCCUUUCGCUGUAGCUCAAGUGCAACACGCCGGAGAGCUUCAUUUCUGCUUCGCCAACGUGACUCAGAUUCAGUGGCUGGAGGUGAUGCUGGGAUUCUUGCUGCCCUUCUGCAUCCUGGGGGUGUGCUACUGGAGAAUAGCACGGGUGCUCAAAUGCAGCCUCUGGGAACUAAACAGCCCCCUGCAGAGGCCUCGCAGGCAGAAAGCCCUGCGACUCAUCUCAGCCGCUGUGGUCGUCUUCUUCCUCUGUUGGCUGCCAGAGAACGUGUUUAUAAGUGUGCACCUCGUGAGGGGCGACAUGAACGGGGGCACGCUGUGGCAGGAUUACCCCUUGACAGGUCACGCCGUCAGGCUGGCGGCUUUCUCCAACAGCUGCCUGAAUCCUCUCAUCUACGGCUUCCUCGGGGAGGCCUUUAGGGAAAAGUUGAGGCUUUUUUUCCAGGAUAAAAGCCGAUGGUCCAAGCUGAGCAGGACCCCCUCGAGAAAACCCAUCAACGAACCAGCAGCAAAGGACGACAGUAUGAGCAACUCAUCACAUCCAAACUGUGACAUCCUCCUGCCAACUGAGUACCCUCCUUGAAUAAACUGUAUAUACAUGGUUUCACCAAAACACAUGAAAAUCAUCUGUGCUGUGGGGUAAAAGCGCCAUUCAGUGCUAGAUAUCAAAACAUGGAUCCUAAUUUUUGUACAGAUCUGACUGUUUUUAAUUUAAAAUUGAGACACAUCAGUGUUAUUUAAAUGAAUCAUGCAAGCAUAAAAGUCUCUCUGAACUGAAUGACAGCAUGUCUCGGUGCCAAAAAUUUUAAUUUAUUACCUGUCAGUUCAUUAUCUGUGUUAUUACAUGUUUGCCACGCUGCUCUAUGCUUUACCAUGAUUAUGUCACAAAAAAGAUUUUUUCACGGUAAAACACUGUAAACUAGCUGACUACCUACAAAGAGCCAAAUAAAGUCUUUAAGUCACAUUUUCAGCAGUGAACAUUCUCACC